UUCUAAUAGUGUGACGAGGGAAGAUUUUGUCGGCGAUGCUGCGGUCCGCAUCCCCGCAUCACCUGUCGGGGCGUGUAUACCUCCAUCCAAAAAAAACAAAACAAAAAAAAACGGAUCAACAAACGCGCUAAAAGCGACAGUUAUCCAGAUGUGCGUGGAUAUUAAUGAUAUGUUUGCAGGUGCUGGCCAAUGUAAUGGAAAGCGAGCCUCAAGUUUCAGAGAACGAAUCAGCGCGCGAGCCCUGGAGAAGUUGCAAGUUGAUGAUCGAUCCCGCCCUGACAAAAGGACUGCAUAAAGUGUACCGCUACGAUGGCCGCCAGUUCAACAUCCCCGUCGAAGACUUGGGUUUGCUUCCGGUGGGUUCGGUGAGGGACCCGCGCGUCCGCCGCAUGUGGAGCAAAGGCGUCAAGGCUGACCUUUCCCUUCCCACCUUCAAGAUCGACGAAUUUUACAUCGGGCCCGCCCCCCCCAGAGAAGUGACAUUUUGCGGGUUGAAUGACAACGUCAACGAGGCCUUCCUGACCAGCAUGUGUGGGAAAUAUGGCCGCCCGGAACAAGUGGAAAUCUUCUACAACCCAAAGAACAAGAAGCAUUCGGGCGUUGCAAGAGUUGUCUUUGACACUGUCAGGGCUGCCAAGGACAGCGUUCGCCACCUCCACCAAACGUCAGUGAUGGGGAACGUCAUCCACGUGGAAAUUGAUCCAAAAGGUGAAAAGAGGGUGCACUAUCUGCAGUUGCUCUACAAUGGUCUGUACUCCCCGUGGAGUUUACCAGUGGGAAGCAGAAGUCAAAUUCUCCCAAACCUAAUCAGCAAUUUACUGUACACUUCAAGCCCGCGGGGGCGAGGGAGCCCCGGCAGCCUCUCUACCCCCCUCUCCCUGGACACGGCGUAUUCCAGUAUUAGUCAGGAUACACCUCGUAGCUUGGGGCUGAGCCCUUUUUCGCAGGGAACCCCACGCACUCCCUGCUCGUCUGCCACUCCCCUCUCCCAGGACUCGUGCUACUCCAGUCUUCAGAGUACUCCCAUCCUGCAGGGGGAGCCCCAGACUUACAGUGUUCGCAAAGCAAUCAGAAGAGAGCUUCAUCAACUGUCGACGUUUCGGCGGGGAGUCGGUGAAUUCUCAGAGGUAAACUUGCAUUUAAAGGAGCGCCAAGCUCAGGCUUCCCUCCUGCUGUUUGGCCAGAGAAGCAAGCAGAAGCUUGCACAAACGGGGAGGACUGGCAUCGCAUUUGCUCAAAAUCAUGCAAAACCUUCCUUCCAACUUGUAUCACCUGGUCCAGAGUCUGGGGAUGUGCGCACAACUACCCCAAACACCUUGCCUAAAAACUCUUGGAGCAUCUUCAGCUUCAACCUGGCACCCAACCAGCAGGCAGACGUGAACGUGACUUUCCCAUCCGACCCCCGAGCAGACGGCGCAGAGUCACCCGCCAACGUUGUCCCCAGAAGCCCCCAAACGAAGGCGGAGACUUUAGACGCCCGCAUCCAAAGUUUGCUGACAAACAUCCAACGGUCCGACACUAUUGUUGAAAGCACUUUCAAGGCUGAAGUCUUCUCUCAGGACAGGCUGACGUCAGCGUCUUCACUGCAGAACUCGCCGCUGUCCGAUGGCCAGGACAACAAUUUGAAGGAUGACAGUCCGAAAGCGCCCCUCGAACAGGAUGAAACUUCCCAAGCUGUUUUUUUUCUCACAUCCCAAAGAGAUACCGAGUGUCCUUCUACAUUUGAGUUUACGCAGUCUGAAGGAAGCAGAGAUGGAAAGAGGAAGAAAGAUGCAGAACCGUCCCAGGCGCCAGAGGAUCUUCCCUUCUCAAAUGCGGACCCUGAAGUGUUGACGCCGUCUUUCCAUCCAGCAUUUACCGCUUUGCGUUUCCCCGCACCUUCAUUUGUGCCGGUGCCACCUUGCCUGCCAGAUGGCACCAUUCCCAUUCCACCUCCAGGCUGGACGCUUCCUCCAGGCCGUCACGUCGCCAUCCGGAUUCCCCCGGCUUCGAUCCCACCGUCUUCUGAUUUCCAGCUACCCCGACCUCCUUUGACGCCACCCCUUGUGCACGGGUACACCGCAUCUUUACAGCCUCCGUGCAACCCACCGAGUCUUGGACGUCUACCGCACUGGUCCACUGCACCUUCUCCUUGCAGCAACCCAUUAGUACCAGCACCACACAACCCACCCACGACACAAAACCCUUAUGGAGUAACACUUGAAAAAGUUUUAGAGGUGCUGAUGGGUGAACUGAAGUCAAUUAUCAAGCGGGACAUAACGCGUAGAAUGAUUGAGGGAGUCGCAUUCAAGGCGUUUGAAGACUGGUGGGACGAUCAAGAGAAGAAAACAAGGGUACCGAUUUUGCCUUUGAAUGAUAAGAAAACCAAAUGUAUAAAUCCUCUGAAUUACACCAAUGGGCCGAGCAAGAAACCACCGCUGCCCUCCUUCAGGAUUAAGAAGAAAACAGGUGACAAUCCGGCAACAUUAGAAGUGAUCGAAAAUAAAGGUGACGAUGAAAGCCAAAGCGCCGAUAAGAUAGAACCAACAUUUGAGAGGCGUAAACGCAGACACGCAAGACCACUUGAUCUUGAUAGUGAUGAUGAUGAUGAUGAUGAUGAUGAUGAUGAUGACAGAAACGUAGAACACAAUGUGCAUCGAGCAGAUGAAAGGGAAAUCGUGACAGAAAAAGAGCAACUGGCUGAACCCGCGGACGGUCAAGUACUCGGGAUGCGCGAGAGAACCGAUCAUCAGAAAAACGAAAAGGAGACUGAAAAACACUUUGAGGCUGAAGACGCAUCUCCGGUUCCUAGUGAAUUUCUCUCCUCUGGUAGUGAAACAUAUUCAGAGUGCAGAUCCUCGGAGGACUGCUCAUCCGACGCAGACUCCUCUGACUCUUUGACUUCAGAGAGCUUUGAUGAGUCUUCCUACUCUGACUUCAGCUCUGAAGACGACGACGCCGCUCCCGCUGCUGAUGAUUUGGGAGAUAACGUGAAGGAUGGUGAAGGUUGGGACUGCAUCGUAAUAUCAUCAGAUGAGGAGUGCAUGGAGCUCGAGCCCCCUCUGACGCCCUCAGCCCCUCCCACUCCUGGCGCUCAGCUGAAUCUAGACUUGUCAGAUAUGGGUUCGAGUGAGAAAGCAGAGGUGAACCACCGGGAGCGCGUCAUGAUGGAGCUUCAUACCAUCAAGCCCCAGGAGCUUCCGUCCCCGACACGUGUCGGACUUCCAGCGGGUCUUGAACUUGAUGCGGAGACAGAGAGCCGUGAUUUGCCCUCGAGAUCUCCAGACUACACCUUGAGACCUCUCACUCCGGCCGGCUGCUUUACUGACACCGAUCCGGACCUUUCCAUCACAAGCAAAGCGACUUCUCCAGUUGUGAUGGAGGAGGUCCAACGACCUCACACUCCAGGCGAGGGCGUAGCGCUUCAAUCAGGAAGUGAAGAAUCAGGAGACGACAACCUGUCGUCAGUUCUCAGUGACUUCCACUUGCCGUCAUCCUUGUUACUCCUGGAAACACCCAGAACUCCAGGUAGAGAAGACACAAGCGCAUGGAGUCCGAACAGAGACGUCUGGGUCUCGACAAGUCCGGGACAUGAGAGCGUCACAGCGGUGAACGCCAGGGUAACAUACUCACAUUUUACAAAAGUUGGGGCUCAUUCCUCACUCUACCGCAAUCCGUUUAGUAUAUUAGCACCAAAGACGCCUGGAAGAGAUAGCCGUCGAAAACCAAGAGCCUCAGUCCACAGACGAAAGCCUAAAAGGCUGAAGACCUCUCAAGCUCUUUUAUGCCACAAAUCCCUUGGAAGGUCAUCCCCGCGUGACCUCUCUGAAUCUUCAUCUGACGGCGGAGGAGUAAGAACAUGGUCAGGCAGGAGAGCGGCACCUCUUCAAGGACUGGAGAACACGCCGGCUCUGCUCUACGACGGAAGCGAGCGAGUAACCAAAAACAGGAGUAAAAGGUGCAAGAGAAUAAAAAGCGCUUGGAGGAGACGCCGCUCGCGCCGUCGUCGUCGUCCUCCCAGUUGGCGUUCGGUGCGGGAGGAGAGGAGGAUACUUCAUAGUAUCUGGAAGGACGGUCUGGAUGAGGAGGACGGGAGGCUGCUGCAGCGCGCUCAUGAAAGGCUGCAAGAGCAGGACGGUGGCCGGGGUCGGUUCAGCCGAACCCUGUGGGUACACCAUCCUCUGACCAAAGUUACAGAAAAGAGCGAAGGACGACAAUCAUGGCAGCAGAACCACGUCACGGGCUCCGCUCGCAGCGAGGGGUUCUACAAAAUCAGCCGGAGGGAUAAAGUCGAGUACCUCAACCGGGCCACCGAGCUUCAGUCGACAGCCGCUCGGGGACUUGUGACGCAGUCGACGGCACUUCGUGCCGGGUCAGACUUCAGGUCAGAGCAGCGUCGUCUCUUGUCGUCUUUCAGCUGCGACGGUGACCUGGUCAAGUUUAACCAACUCAAGUUCCGGAAGAAGAGGAUUCGUUUCAGCAGAAGUCCAAUCCACGAUUGGGGUCUGUUUGCCAUGGAGGCCAUUGGAGCAGACGAGAUGAUCGUCGAGUAUGUCGGCCAUGUUAUCAGACAGAACGUUGCUGACAUGAGAGAGCGCAGAUAUGAGGAGGCGGGCAUCGGAAGCAGCUAUUUGUUCCGCGUGGAUCACAACACCAUCAUCGAUGCCACAACGUGCGGGAAUUUAUCCCGAUUCAUCAACCACAGCUGCAACCCGAACUGCUACGCAAAGAUAAUCACGGUGGAGUCUCAAAAGAAGAUCGUGAUUUACUCGCGGCAGCCGAUAGGCAUCGACGAAGAACUCACGUACGACUACAAGUUUCCCAUUGAGGACAAAAAGAUUCCUUGUUUGUGUGGCGCUGAAAGCUGUCGAGGCUCUUUGAACUGAUCCGUUCUGGAAAGUUCUUUUUAGCCCACAUUGUCUUCGCUACACUGAAGAGGAACCUUUUCAAUGACGUUCAAAGGUUUGCGGCAGCUCUCUUGAAGGUGAAAAAUAACCCGAGAAAUGCACCAAGAGGAGCGAGUGAACUUUCCCAACCAGCACGUAAGCUAUUGUGUCAAGUAUGAAACGAUAAAUGAACAGGACUUUCCAGACUUUUGGUUCAUCAAUGUAUGUCCAAGCUUACUGGCAAAGGAUUCGAAGAGGCAUGUUAUGACGACCGUAAUUUCCGGCCUACAAGCGGCGACUUUUUUCACAUGCUUUCGACCCUCCAGUUUAUGCGGCGCUAGCUCGGUGCUAGCGUUAGCUCGGAAGUAGCUCAGCGCUACCAUUAGCUCGGCGCUAGCGUCAGCUCGGCACUAGCGUUAGCACAGCUGGUUAUACACCUCGGUACACAGAGAGAGUUUAACUCUCGCUCGGCGCUAGCGUUAGUGCCGCGAUAGCGUUAAACUCUUUCUGUGUACCGGCACUUAUAACCAGGUGCGCUCUGUAGGCCGGGAAUUACGGUAUAUGAAUAGAGUAUCUGUGGUUGUGCAUCACAGUACAGAUAGUUUCAGCAGCCUGUUUUUUUUUAUUUGAUACAUUCCUCCAAAUAUUAUUGUACAUUAUUAUCUGUUACAAAUGAUAAUGCACCUUUUUUUGGUGAUGA